AUGCACGGAUAUCAAAAUCGUGGUUUUGAUCAACAAAAAGAAGAAACUAUUGUUGUGGAUAUUGUACCACCUCAAUAUCAACUUAGUCCACCACAUAGUCCACUGUUACAUUCAGAAAGAAUGUCAAGAACACCAGAAAAAGGUGAUUUAUCACAAUCGGAAGAUGGUAAUAAAACAGAUCAUUCAAGACGAUCACCAAUUCCAUCAUCAAUGGAUCCAAACAUUAGACGCUACAGAACUGCUUUUAGUCGGGAACAAUUGAAUAGACUUGAAAAGGAAUUUGUUCGUGAAAAUUAUGUUAGUCGUCCAAAAAGAUGUGAACUGGCUCUUCAACUUCAGCUACCUGAAUCAACCAUCAAGGUUUGGUUUCAAAAUCGUCGUAUGAAAGACAAACGUCAACGUAUGGCAAUGGUUUGGCCGUAUGCUGUUUAUGCAGAUCCAGCAAUGAUGAGUCUUCUUGCUGCAGCAUCAGCAUCAAUGCCACAACCACCCUAUCAUCAUCAUCAUAACCAGGGAAUGACACCUUCACAUUUAAAUGUACCAUCAGGCUAUCAAAAUGCUGCAUCAGCUGCAGCUUAUUAUGCAACAAGAUAUUCUCCAUAUGGAUUACCACCAAGUCAUCAAAAUGUCAACAACUCACCUGGCUCUGGGCUUCACAGAUCUCAUCAUCAUCAACAACAGCAACACCACCAACAACAACAACAUCAUCAUCAUCAGUCACCAGUUAAUUAUCAUCCACAUCAUUUACUUCAAUUACAUCAUCCAUUACCACCACUACAUUUGUCUGGUUUGGUAAAUAAUAAUGGCUACACAUCCACGCCCACAAACCAAGUAACUCCCACAACACCACCAUCAUACAGACCAGUUACUCAUCUUCCUGAAUUUAGUCCUGUCAAUUCAGAGGCAUCAAGUGAUUGCGACUGCGCUGGCUCAAUUCAUCUUCAUCAUGCACAUCAUUUGACAAAUUAUUCAAAUGACAAAACAUUUUCACCACCAUCCUCAUCAACACCAACACUACCAUCACUUAAAAUACCAAAUUCACUUAAUCUUGAAUCAAUUCAAAAUGCAUUUGAAAAUAAUAAACAUUCUGGAUAUCAUCAUCAUGGACCUAUUACAAAUAUCAAUUCACCAACAACACCAACAUCAACUAAAAUAAAUAUUCCAAAAUUAUUUCAACCCUAUAAAAAUGACAUUACACAAAAAGCAUAA